AUGGGGCUGCAUUUGGGCGAUUUCAGCGUCGACGUUUCCGACCUGGAGAAGAUGCGGACCUUUCCCAGUUCCGUGCCUCUCCCUGACUUGGACGGGGAUCUCGAGUUCCUCGACUUCUUCGAUCCCUUUCUGGGUCUACCUGCUAAGCAGGUUGAAGCGUUCACCCUGCCUCCGCUCAACACGGACGGUUGGUCGCCUUUGGAGAAUUUUUCAGGUUCCAGCCAGAGUUCCAUGCAAGACUAUGGCUUUCAGCAAACUCAUCUCCUAGCCACGAAUGAGUCGCCAUCCGUCGACGAUAGCAGUCAAACAUGGGGACCUACAAUCCACACAGAGCCCAAUGCCCGAGAAUACUCGUCCGCAUGGGACGAGGCGCCGGGACGGGCGUUUGUCACAACCCGUGCCGAACCAGAGAAGUCGUUGAGCUUACAGGUUCCGCCGACGAAGAACUCAAAGCAACCACCGCUUGUCUUUACAGAGUCGAUGAGACAUCAUUUACUCCAAGACCUGUCGAGCAGGCUAUGUCCUGAGGAAGUGAGCAACUUUCGAUUACCCACCGCUGCUGCGCUUCAGAAAUGCAUUCGGACAUAUAUUGACGCUUUCCAUGUUCACCUGCCCAUAUUUCAUAUUCAAACCAUGGACCUUGAGAGCACACCAGCUCCUCUGGUCCUCGCCAUAUGCGCAAUUGGCGCCCAGUAUCGCCUUGAAAGAAAGGUCUCUGCCUCGUUAUACCUGAAGGCCGACCAAGCACUCGCCGCCGCCGUUGUUGACCGUGGUGACCAUCUCCACAAAAAGCCCCGAUUGCUGGAAGACUGGGUUCGUCCGGGACCUCGAUUACGGAAGUCGACACCCGACGCUCUCUGGCAGAGUCAGACUCGUCUCUUACUUGCCAUGCUUAGCUGCUUCAGUGGUGAUUCAGAAGUAAUUUCCAAGGCUAUCGUGCAUCUUGGUGACUUCCUCAUAGACUUUCGCGAGCUCGCACCCAUUGUGCGGUUUCGGAGAACCGAAGCAGAGCCACUGACAUGGCGGGAGUGGAUCGAGAGAGAGAGCGUCAAAAGGUAG